GAAAUGUGUUGUGUGAAUGUUUUGGCAAUUUUAAGGUUAAGUGAUUUUCUAUACAAAUUUCACUCAAGAAGUACAAUUUAUUUAUCGUUAGUUUAAUAAAUAACUAAUUUAAUAUGACGUUACAAAAAGUAGAUGUUGGAUUUCUUGAAGAAAAGCCUAGUUGGCAAUUGCAUCCCCGGUUUUUUCCUAGUAAAGUUGGAGGAAAACCAGCCUGGCUAAAUUUACAAGAUUUACCUAGCCCUUCUCAAUUAAGCUGCAAAAAAUGUAAUGACCCUCUAAUAUUUUUAUGCCAAGUUUACGCUCCCUAUGAAGAUGACGUUGAAGCGUUUCAUCGCACGAUAUUUAUAUUUAUAUGCAGAAAUGGUUCAUGCUCACAAACAAACUCCACUCAAAACUUUUUGAUUCUCCGUUGUCAGCUACCUAGGAAAAAUAAUUAUUAUUCAUAUGAACCUUACAAUGAAAAAGAAACUGAGGAAUUUAACAUGGAAAAAUGGCCCAAAUUGUGCAAUAUUUGUGGUUGUAGGUCACCUUCUCAUUGCUCGAAAUGCAAAAAAGUAUAUUAUUGUAGUAGAAAACAUCAAGUUAUUGAUUGGCAAAAUGGCCAUAAAGAAAUCUGUUCAGAAAUACAGAAGUCUAUCACAUACAAAUCAAGUGAUUUUACUGUGAAUAAUUCAGCCAAGUCCAUCUUGUUUAAAGAAUGGGAGUUAGUAGUAGAUGAAGAGGAUGAGGAAGAAAGUUCCACUGUGGAUACAAAUAAAGAGAUGGAAAAACUUUGCAAAAUGAUUCAGGAUAAAAGGGAUGGUACUUUAAAUAAUGUAAGUGAAGAAGAACUUGAACAAUAUGCAAAAACAAUGCCUGAAGAUAAGGUAUUCAAUAAAUUUAACAAAAGAAUAGCUAGACACCCUGAUCAAGUACUACGAUAUGAUAGAAGUGGUAACCCACUUUGGAUAACAGGGAAUUCUGGAAACAGUGUUCUAGAUAUACCAAAAUGCCAGUACUGUGAUGGGGAAAGACAUUUCGAAUUUCAAGUUAUGCCACAGUUAUUGAACUACAUCAAUGUUGGUAUCGAUUCCAACAGUAUUGAUUGGGGCAUAUUAGCAAUAUUUACUUGUAAAUCAAGCUGCAGUGUAGGCCCGGCUUAUAAAGAGGAAUACAUAAUUAAACAAGAUCUAUCUACAUAAUUUUAUAUACUAUUUGUAAUCAGAUAUCCUAAAUAAAUGUAACAUGGUAAUGUAACUAUUAUAUAUUUUCAUUUAAGUUAUUUCUCCUUGCCAUAUUCUGUAGAUAAAUAUGUCAUUAAAUCAUUUAGUCCUGUGAAUUCAGUCCUUGAUUGAGGUGGGUCAUUUUUUGGCAAUUUUGGCAAGAAGUUGCCCAUUUUCACUCUGAAGUCCUUUAGAUUUUUAGCACCAGACAAUUUAUAAAUUCCAUAACAAAAGCAUGUUGUUCCAGCUACAGCAUACAAUGUCCCCCAUCCAAGUGCUCUUAAUGCAAGAAUUGCACCUGCAUCUGCUACCUCAACACUGCUGUGCAGACCUUUGUUAAAAUAUUUCGGAUCCCUUUUUUUUGCUGCUGUUAAUGUGGCACUGAAUCCUACAAUUGCUGAGAUUCCUGCUAUUGAGGCCAAGAAUGCUCCAGCUUUUAUUCGUUGUAGUCUUUCCUCCUUUUCCAUGAGAAAUUAGUUUCUG